AUGCCGCUCAGGUUGAAGCAACGUCGGGACGUGUUUAGGGUAGAGACCCUGGUUGGCGACCAGCUCUGGCAGCGCGUGAAGAACGCCCAGGUGAUUGUGGCGACUUGCAUUGGGAGCGGCAUGGAUGUGCUCAACAGCAAGGGCGGGGUUGGCAAUUUCCAGCGCGUGGUCAUCGAUGAGUGCACCCAGGCGUGCGAGCCAGCGGCCCUGGUCGCGCUCGGCCGCGGCUGCGAGCAGGCGGUAUUGGUCGGGGACCACGCCCAGCUCCCUGCCACGGUGCUGUCGAAGCUGGCCCAGCGCGACGGCCUUGGGACCAGCCUCUUCGAGCGCAUGGUGAGCACCAACGGCCUGGAGCCCACGCUGCUCAGCGAGCAGCGCCGGAUGCACAGCACGAUCGCGGAGUUCCCAAACCAGGCCUUCUACGGCUCGCAGCUGGUGAACGCCGUCGACGACGGCUCGCUGCCGCCGAUCCCGGGCUUCAGGUGGCCGAACCCGGACUGCCGCGUUUGCUUCGUCGACGUGGCCUCCGACGCCGAGGCCAAGCGUGGCUUCUCCACGUUCAACACCACGGAAGCCGAGGCUAUCGCAGACGCGGUGCGUAACUUCAUAGACGCAGGCCUCGAGCCCAGGGAGUUCUGCGUGCUGACGCCCUACCAGGCGCAGAGGGCGGCGCGGCGCGCGGUCGUCACGGUCAGCACGCCCGGCGGCAGGGACCUCGGGGAGUUUUGCUUCGCAGAGGCCAGUUCAGACCCCCCAGCCACCUCCAACGUCCGAGAGCUCGUGUGCCCGUGCGGGGUCUCCUUGGGGCCCUCUGCCUUCCCUCUGGGCGCGACGGUGCUGGACCUCAAGAGCGCCAUCGCCCGGGCCGGGGGCCCCGCCGUGGCGAAACAGCGGCUCAUCUCGGGGGCGGAGAUCCUCGACGAUCCGAGGGCUCCGCUCGCCACGGUGGUCGAGGGCGAGGUCGCGGUGCACAUGACGCUGGUCGAGUCGCGGCGCCGCAAUCUCGCCCUGGCUUCCCAGGGGGCACAGCUGGUCGGAGAGCUGGGCAGGAUGCGGGACGCCGCGAGGAAGCCGCUGCUGCGCUACGACGUUGCCUUCCCGGGGUGGCCUGAGGGCCCGCCGAGCGACCAGAUAGCGGGGGUGCCAGGUCAAGGCAUGCGCUGGACGCGUGGCUGCGUCAUGCCGCCAGUGCUGCCCCUCAGCUUCGACUCGGCAUCGAAGUUUCAGCAGCACCUGGCGUCCAUCGACGCUGCAUGGAAGGGCGACCGCGAGCAGUCCACCUUCCUACCGGACCCAGCAGAGGUGGUGAUCCAGCUCGCGGGCGACGUGUCCUUCGUCGAGCAGGUGGGGUUCACGUACUCGCCGUACGACAGGAACUACGGCCGCUUCUGCCGUGCCUACCUGUCGUCGGACGGCGAGGUGUGGACGACCGCGGGUGAGGUGCAGAUCCCGCCUGUCCGCGAGCUGCCUGGGGGAGAGCAGGCCACAGCGACGCUCUUCGUGGACGUGCCCAGGGGGCUGCAGGAGGAGCCCUGCAAAUUCGUCAAGCUCGGCUUCGCCGACCUGCGAGCCGACGCCUGGGGCGGCGUCGGGCGCCGACUGUUCUUCGUGUACGUCUUCGGCUUCUGAGGGGCGUGCGGCACCAACUGCGCCGACGGCCUCUCGGGAGGCGAAGAGGCGCGGCGCUGGCCGAUGGCGCCCAGCGCUCCGCCCGAAGCUCUUCGCAGUGCUGGAUGCACACUGGAUCCACCCUCCGCUUCUCGCCCCCGC